AUGGGCAACUCCAAGGAGGUAGAUGCGGCCCCGUUGCCCAUAAAUCAGACGGAAAAGUCUACUGCUGGAAAUGGCAUCAUAGAAGAAACAGCCGAUAUCCCAGUGGAAGUCCCCCAGCCUGACAACGCUCGUGGCGGGGAUGAGGAGAGAGCUGUUGGGUUGGCCCUUGCCCAGACGACCAGCAACCGGGAAAUCUACGACCGCUUCACCAAGAGCCGCAAACUGGUCAUCAUUUCCGUCAUCUCGAUAUGCGGCUUCCUUACCCCCAUCGCAUCCACCGCGGUCCUGGUCGCCAUCCCCGAGGUCGCCGCCACUCUCCAGACGACGGGCGAGAUGAUCAACGUCUCCAACGGUCUGUUCUUCGUUUUCAUGGGCCUCAGCCCUAUCUUCUGGGGUCCCCUGGCUGCUACCUCCUUUGGCCGUCGUAACACCUUUAUCGCAUCUACCGUCCUCCUCACGGCGUUCAGCGCGGGGACCGCCCUGUCGACCAAUCUGGGGAUGUACAUUGCCUUCCGUAUGCUCACUGCCUUUCAGGGAACGGCGAUCCUUGUCGUGGGGAGCGUAGUAAUCGGAGACGUUUACCAUCCAACCGAGAGAGGCCGGGCCCUGAGUAUCUUCAUGCUGGGGAUCCUCGUCGGCCCGUCGGUGGCGCCUCUGCUCGGUGGUGUGGUCAUCACAUACACGAGCUGGCGCGUGAUAUUCUGGGUCAUGACGGCGCUUUCAGGCGCUGCCUCCCUCAUGGUCAUCUUCUUCCUUCCAGAGACCAUGCACGAGCGGCCGGACACCUUCAAGGGCUUGACCGUGGGACAGAGUGCCGUCAAGCUGGCGAAACUGACCAAUCCGUGGAAGAUGCUGCACCCUCUCCUCGCCUAUCCCAAUCUCUGGAUCGCCGCGCUGGCCGUGUCGUCUAUGAUUUGGAACCAAUACUCGCUUCUCACUCCUAUCCGAUACGUGAUCAAUCCGCGGUUCAACCUCACAACACCAAUCCAGUCAGCGCUGUUCUUCCUCCCUCCUGGAGCCGGCUUCAUGUUCGGCGUCUUGUUCGGCGGCAAGUGGUCCGACUUCAUCGUCGCCCGCUACAUCGAGAAGCGAGGCCGCCGCAUCCCGGAAGACCGCCUCAACGCGGCCGUGAUCCUCCUCGCCGUCUUCAUCCCCGGAUCCAUGCUCCUCUACGGGUGGUCCAUCGACAAGGAGGUCGGGGGCAUCCCGCUGGUCGUCGUCAGCUCGUUCCUCCAGGGCUUCAGCCAGCAGAUCGCCCUGCCGAGCAUCAACACCUACCUGAUCGACGUGUUCCAGGACCGGGGGAUGAGCUCGGUGGUGGUGGCCGGGAACUACUUCACGCGGUACAUGUUUGCGGCUGGUGGGUCGGCGGCGUGUCUGCCUGCCAUUAAGACGAUUGGGAUUGGGUGGUACAGCACGAUUUCCGCGGCGUUCCUUACUGGUGCGGCUGGGCUUGUGUGGUUGUUGACGAGGAAUGGUGAGAAGUGGCGGGCGAAGAGGGUGUAG